UGGCCCAAUGGGCGGCGGGCGCGGCGCGCCUGCGCAGCGGGCGCUGGGGAGGGCAGUGCGGCGCCGCUGGCCGGAGGCGGAGGGGAGCGAUGGAGCAGGGAUACGGCGGUUAUGGCACCUGGAAUACUGGGGCCACCAACACUCAAGGUACAUACGCGACGAAUGCAACGAGUUGGCAAGGCUACGAAGGCUAUGACUACUACAACACCCAAACCACCGCCGCUAAUACAGCGGCCACGUACAACUACGCCGCGGCUGCUGCCACCUCCAGCAGCUGGGAAACACCCAAAACUUCGGAUCUGAGCAUGAACACCGAUGUCAGCGCCACCAUGCCCAUUGCCUCCUACGGUGCCGAGACUUCGGCCAACGAGAACUCGGAUUCCAUCAUCGCCAAGAUCAACCAGCGUUUGGAUAUGCUAUCGAAGGAGGGCAGCGGCGGGACAGGGGAGGGGAUGGAAGACCAGGAUAGCUCUUUCAGAUUCGAGUCUUUCGACUCGUAUGACUCGAGGUCUUCGAUGAACGACCGCGACAUGUACCGCUCCAGCUACGAUUACGGAGAUGUUGGAACCGAUCGGAACGAUUCCUUUGGGAGCCAGUUCGACAGCCGCAGGGAUCAGUCUCGCAACCGAGGAAACAACUACGGCCUGAUCCGCGGACGGGGUCAAAACCGCGUUCAAAACCGAGGGCGCCUCAACGCUUUCAACCGCGCCGACCACUUCAUGCCCUCCUCCAGCUCCGAGCGCCUCUCGGCUCGUUGGAAUGAGUUGAACUACAUGGGUGGGCGUGGGAUGGGGGGCGCUGGAUCCAACAGGCUCCCUUCCCUCUUUUCCCAAGCCCUCAUUCCUGACUACGGCGAUUAUGGCGACUACGGCGAUUACGGCGACUACGGCGACUAUGGGGAUUACGGCGAUUACGGCGACUAUGGCGACUAUGGUGACUACGGAGACUAUGACUAUGGCAUGAUGGGGAUGUCGGGCAUGGGAAUGGGACGGUAUGGGAAUAUGCCAUAUGGAAUGGGGAGGCAACGAAACAGAGACAGGAUGGGUACGGUGCCCUGGCACAUGAACGCGCUCAUGCCCAAGAGAAGAGGUUUCCGAAACCGUUCAGGUGGGCGAUCGGACGGUGAGGGAGGGGGCCGCAAGCGAAAACAGUCACAAAGUGGAGAUGAGCCAGACAGCAAGCAGGCAAAGACCGACAGCGAAGGAGAUGACACAGAGAACGCAGAUGAGGGCGAAGGAGAGGAAAAAUCAGGAGAUGAAGCUGACAAAGCAUCUGGAGAUGGCUGUGAGGAUGAUGAUGAGGAGGUGAAAAAGAAGAGGGAGAAGCAGCGAAGAAGAGAUCGGAUGCGUGAUCGUGCUAUGGACAGAAUCCAGUUUGCCUGUUCCGUCUGCAAGUUCCGCAGUUUUGAGGAAGAGGAGAUCCAGAAACACCUCCAGAGCAAGUUCCACAAAGAGACCUUGCGAUACAUCGGUACCAAACUCCCGGAUAAAACCGUCGAGUUCCUGCAGGAAUACAUUGUCAACAGGAAUAAGAAAAUCGAGAAGCGACGCCAGGAGCUGACGGAGAAAGAGGGCACGAAACAGAAGCCGGAUCCUUUUAAGGGUAUUGGGCAGGAACAUUUCUUUAAGAAGAUCGAGGCGGCUCACUGCAUGGCCUGCGACAUGCUGAUUCCUGCGCAGAACCACCUCCUCCAGAGGCACCUGCGAUCUGCCGAUCACAACAGAAACCGCAGGAUGGCUGCAGAGCAGUUCAAGAAAACCAGCUUACACGUCGCCAAGAGCGUCCUGAAUAACAAACACAUCGUAAAGAUGCUGGAAAAAUACCUCAAGGGUCCGCAGGCGCAUCCACUUCUCCUCAUGAUCAACGGUAUCAAAGGCUGCCGGCAGAUCUAAAUGAAUCAGCACGGGCACCUGACCUUUGUCCAUCGGCAGGAGGAGAUCUUCGGCUCCAUCCCAGCACGGUCUCCGUAUCAUUCCCAGGUGCAAAACCAGACUGAAAAGGGGUGGAGGAAAAUCUGAGGAUUCCAGGUAAUGCCAAGAGCCACCUCGCCGUAAAACGUUCUCGGCAAACCUUCCCCCAGAAAGGAAGGCUGGAGACGCAGGGCGAUAAUUAAACAAGCCUUGGCCGCAUCAAGAGAUGAUUUCUUGACCAUCGGCCUAACGAUUCCUCCUCGGAGGGAUGGCGGGACACCUCGCCCUUCCCAAGGGAAGCCGUGACAGUCUCCACCACGAGUGGACUUCACAUCCCCCGGUAGAUUUUACCGGCGAUAACGGACACUGGGGUCCAGAUCGCGAGGUAGAGCCCCGAUAUUUUUAAUCUCCCCGUGACCUCCGUAGGGUUAAGAACGAUCCUCAUCGUUCUGGAUGAGGCCAGGAGCCGGAGAAGAUGAACGUUGAGGUUUCUCCUCCAACCUGCAUGGAUCUUCUCGCGUGGAGGCAGCCAACCUGGUCUGAAUCUCUGAUCGAGGGAGAUAUUAACCCCAGGAUGAGGGGAGGGGGUGGAAAAAAAGGAGGAAAGGGCCAGAGAAUUUUUUUUUUUUUAAUUUUUUUUUUUUUUUUGCAAAAACUUAAAACCUCUCUCUCCUUCCGCCACACAGUCGAUCAGAUUUCAGGCGAGGUUUCUGCCAUCGUCGGCAUGCUGCCCUCCCUCCUUCCCUUCCCGCUUGAGACCUGCGAUGGGGGGGGGGGAGGGGGGGGGGGAGAACGAAAAGCCGAAAAAAAACCAACUUAAGGGAAUUUUAAAAGCGCAGUUUCUCCUCGGAUUGCAGCACCGGGUGUGUGUGGGGCAUCUCCUCCCUGGCAAGGUCAAGGUUGUAGGGCUGCAACCACCCUUACUUUGACCCUCCAAGCGCUCGCCCCGCACCUUCCUCCCUCGCCAAAGGCAAGCAGAGCCCCCCGCGAGCGAGGGGGAGCGGUGCUGGGAUCCACCGUCGGCCUGAACGAAGGUAAUCAGGUGAAAAACCUAUCAAUUAAACAAAAAAACAAACCAAAAGAAAAACACACUAAAAACCCCCGAAUCCGGAGGGUCUUGGUGUCCCCAAGAGACCCCUCGCGGUAGGAUGUAGGAGGGAGAGAGCCGCCAGGUUCCGACCGCAGCUGGAUUCCUCCAUCUCCCGAGAAAAAAUAAAAAUAAAAAUCAAACCUAAAAGGCGAGAUGAAAACGUGGAAGCGGCGCCGCUCUUCCCAGGGAUGGAAGGGGGAUCUGGCGGCUCGAAAGCAGGGCCGGAAGGUUGAGGAAUUCCUUUUGGAUUUUAAAACGUCUCGGAUAAAUCCCAAAUUCCUCCCGGGUGAGGAGCAGAGCCGGUAAAUUCCGGCGCGCUUUGAUGGCAGCACCGACACGUAGGGUCCAGCGCGGCGCCCGCGAUGCCGCGCACGGGCUUUGCCAGCUUUUCCUGGUUCUUUCCACUCCUUCCAGGUGUGGGAUCUUUUUCCCGGGGUUCUUCUCUCACUGCAAAUCCUUUGGGAUUUUCCACGAUGGAUUAUUAUAUAUAUAUUUUUUUUUUUUUAGGCCACCAUUUUAAAACCAUCUGGCGCCAAGCCGCUAUUUUGGUUUUGCCAAAAAAACGAAAAAAAAACCAACCAAACCCAGCACCUCUCCCGCGUUUUCCCGGUGGAGAUUCCCUUUGCCGCAGCUUGAUGACUCUUUGUGUGU